AAUGGUAAUUAGAUUAUUAGUGGAAUCCGAGUAUGUAUAAAUAGAGCAAUUCUUCAUCAACUAUAGUAACAAAACAUAUCACAGAGACAAUAUAUCAAAGAGAAUACUAAUUCAACUUCCACUUGAAAAUGUUGGCAAUUUCUCCUCAAUAUUUCCCAUAUGGAUGGGCUAUGAAUGAUGAAGAAAAUUUGAGCUAUUUUUGCAGAGAGAGAAGUGAGACCUCAGGAGGUAAUUCAAAUGAUCUCCAAUCUCCCUCACUCAAAAAUGGCGAUGGAGAUGGAGACAAGAAGGUGAAGAAACUCAACCACAAUGCAAGCGAGCGUGAUCGCCGCAAGAAGAUGAACACUUUGUAUGCCAACCUUCGCUCUCUCCUCCCUCAUCAAGAUCACUCUAAAAAGCUGAGCAUUCCGGCGACGAUUUCGAGAGUGCUGAAAUACAUCCCUGAGCUGCAGAGAGAGGUGGAGAGGCUGAGCGAUAGGAAGGAGAGAUUCAUCUCAAGCUCAUCUCUUGAAUUCAAGAAACGAAGCCCUAAUCAUAAUUCAGCAGCGGCAGCUUCGGCAACUCGAAUCACCGACGCCGAAGUCGUGAUUCAGACAUCGAUGCCCAAAUCAGACAUGUGCUCACUGUCUGAAGCAAUCUUGAGAUUGGAGGAACAAGGUUGUGUGGUGGUCAAUGCUUCUUGCUUUGAGUCAUUUCAAGGCAGGCUUUUCUACAAUCUUCAUUUUCAGGCGCAAAAUGGUCAAGUGAUAGACGCUCAAGAGUUGAAGGAGAAAGUGUGGCCUUUGAUGUAGCUAAGAUAAUAUCAAUUAAUCUCAUGUUUUAUUUCAUUCUUGUAAAGUAGGGUUAUUACAUUAAUGAAAUACAACAUGGUGGUGGAGUGGUGGAGAGUGUACUAACUUUCAUGAUGUUGUGUUGUGGAAUCCCACUAUUUUGAAUUGGUGAUUUUGUGUAAAAAAAAAGAAGCAUCAAAUGUCAUUUGACCUAAUUAAGGCUUUUAAUGAUUUCAA